GUAAAAUUUGAGGUUAUAAUUUUUAAUUAUAUUAUGUAGCUUUCAACAUUCAAGUUCCAAUUUAUUUAAAAUUAAUGUCUGAAAAAAAGAAUCCAGCACCGGGAGAUGGUCUCAGAUCUCUUAGAACUACCUCUCUAUUCAGAGCGGUAAAUUUCGAACUGUACGCCAAACCUAAUAUCGCAAUAAUGGCUGUAGGAUUAGUAGCUUUAGCCGGAUGCGCGGGCUAUAUAGCGUACAUGAGGAGUAAAUACGAAGGACUAGGAUAUUACGGAGCCCUUAAAGAUGACGGUAGCGAACACUUCGAAAAGAAAAAAUCUAAAUGGGAUUAAAAUGUACAUUUAGUUUUGUUAUUAGUAUUAACGUUAUUAAAUUAUUCUAAAUGUUGACUAA